ACAAAUAUGUCAGUUUCUGUGAGGCAGAGGGAAAACAAAGAUGGAAAGAGAAAAUGGAAAGAAGCUCAAAAUACUUUGCCUCCAUGGAUUCAGAACCAGUGGCAGUUUUCUUAAAAAGCAGAUCAGCAAAUGGGAUCCUUCUCUAUUCACUCAAUUUCACAUGGAAUUCCUAGAUGGUAAAUACCCUGCUGGAGGGAAAUCUGACAUAGAAGGAAUCUUCCCUCCACCUUACUAUGAGUGGUUUCAAUUUGAAAAGGACUUCACAGUGUACUUUAACUUGGAAGAAUGUAUCACGUACUUAUGCGAAUACAUUACAGCUAAUGGUCCCUUCGAUGGCUUUCUUGGCUUCUCACAGGGCGCAACUCUUUGUGCACUUUUGCUUGGUUACCAGGCACAGGGAAAAGUGCUGAAGGAGCAUCCACUCAUAAAAUUUUUUAUAUCAAUAUCAGGAAGCAAAUUCAGAGAUCCCAGCAUAUGCGAUGUUGCCUAUAAAGAUCCCAUCAAAGCUAAAUCUGUUCAUUUCAUUGGGGACAAAGAUUGGCUAAAACUGCCUAGUGAGGAUCUCGCAUCUGCAUUUGACAAACCCCUAAUAUUGAGGCACCCCCAGGGUCACACUGUCCCACGAUUGGAUGAAGUGACCACCAAUCAAUUGAGAAACUGGAUUAACGACGAAGUCCUAUGCCAGCCAAAAGUUGGCGUCUCAGUUACUGAGCAUGGAAAAGAUCAUGAAAACGAAGUCGGGAGUACCAAUCCAAACAAAGUUGAAAACGGUGUAUGAAUAAAAAAGGAUUCUGGAGAUCAGGAUUUCCAAGGGAAAGCACAUGAAUUUAUUAUAAAUACUGUAUUAUUAGGUGAUUCAUAUGGAGCUGUUUCCUGUUGUCUUGUAUUUAAUAAUGUUAUUAUGCAUGAUUGGUAUUCGUAUGUACCUGUUUUGUGUUCUUGAUA